AUGGUCAACGAGCCAGACGAAGAAGAAUCUGAUUAUAACGUGAAAAACAAAACUUACAAUUUACCAACGAAAUGGGAGGAUGGUUGGGAGAGGAAGGCCAUUCUCGUCACUCUCUAUAUCUGCGGCUGGUACACGACAUCAAUCUUUCUGUCCAUGUAUAAUAAGUGGUUGCUGUCUCCUAAUUACCACGGAUUUGGGUACCCUCUAUUCGUGACUGGAUGGCACAUGAUUGUACAAACUGUGCUGAGUUGGCUUGUGUUAGGGUGCUGUUUGUCAAACUACCGACCAAAGCAUGCACCUUCAAUAUGGUUGUUCUUUACUCGUGUGAUUCCAUGUGGCAUGGCUACUGGUAUCGAUAUCGGAUUAUCUGCUACAAGCCUUACGCAAAUAAGUGUUUCUUUCUACACCAUGGUGAAAUCAUCUGCGCCAGUGUUUGUAUUGAUGUUUGCCAUCCUCUUUGGUCUUGAGCGACCAUCCACGAAUCUGAUCUUGUCUGUGCUGGUCAUUGUAAUUGGAGUAGCGUUAAUGGUUUCUGAUGGUUCAGGAACAACAUCAUUCAAUUGGAUUGGAUUUGCUGAAGUUCAAUCAGCUACUAUCGCAUCUGGAUUCAGAUGGGCAUUGACUCAAAUACUCUUGUCUAGAGUAGAUAUGGGAAUGAAUAACCCUUUGGCAACUACAGUCAUAUUAGCGCCAGUCAUGGCUCUUAGUCUCCUUACAGCCUGUGCAAUAAUCGAAGGAUUUGGAGUUGUCUUCGCCUCUCCAUUCUUUAGCACUGCUUCAUCAGCCUUAACGACUCUUGGGAUAAUAACAGGCGGAGGGUUCAUAGCAUUUGCACUGACAAUGGUAGAAUACCUGCUCAUCACAACCACAUCAGUCCUGACAUUCUCAGUAGCUGGUAUCGUCAAAGAAAUCAUCACGAUAUCCAUAUCAACUGCCGUGUUUGGAGAUACCUUCACUCCAAUGAAUGUUGUCGGGCUGGUUAUUAGUCUUGUUGGAAUCUUGGGAUAUAAUGUCUUACGGAUAUCAGCUGCUACUAGUACAAGCAGGAAUGGUGAUGAAGAGCAGGACUUUUACAAACGUGUGCAGGAUGAUGAAGAAGACGCGGACGAGAUUGAGGUGGAGGAUGAAGUGGAGGGUUACUAUGUGCUGAAAGAAAUCGCACGGAGGAAUUCGAGACAACAUGACGACAAGUGA